GCCCGUCUUCCUGUGAAGUGGAUGGCACCUGAAAGUAUUUUCAAUUGUGUCUACACCUUUGAGAGUGAUGUCUGGUCUUACGGGAUAUUGCUUUGGGAGCUCUUUUCUUUAGGAAGCAGCCCAUAUCCAGGGAUGCCCGUGGACUCCAAGUUCUAUAAAAUGAUCAAGGAGGGAUACAGGAUGUUCAGCCCUGAGUGUGCACCACCUGAAAUGUAUGACAUAAUGAAGAGUUGCUGGGAUGCUGAUCCUUUACGGAGACCCACAUUCAAACAAAUCGUACAGCUGAUAGAGCAGCAGCUUUCAGAUAAUGCCCCCCGGGUUUAUGCAAACUUCUCAACUCCACCUUCCAGUCAAGAAAAUGCUCCAGAUCACUCAGUGAGGAUUAACUCGGUGGGUAGUAGUGCUUCAUCUACUCAGCCUCUCCUGGUACGCGAAGAUAUUUGAGUGGCAUCUGGAAGAAGAGGAGCCCAGAUGUAUUAGCUGUAUUGCGCAGGGGGUGAGAGAGGGACAACUUCAAUAAUUUCUCUUACUUUUACUCACUACUACCACUGUGUAGCUGAAACGUUGUUGUAAUACUGUCCUUUACCACACACUGUUACACAUAAACUUAAUCUGCUGGGCACGGUUACACGCAUCAUUGCAAUGUUAACUGAAGCUGUAUAUAUUUUGCUAUAUUGUGUGUAUUUGCAGUAGAGAGCCAGAUCUGAAGGAAAAAAAAACCAACCAACAAAAGAAAUCCUGAGCCAGGGUGUGGAACAAGAUGACAGCAGAUCAAACCAAAUCUGCAAUGAUCCUUCUCUUGAUCUGCGCCUGGAAGGCCUACAGUUAUUUUCUAGUUAAUCUUGUUUUGCAGAUUUAAGAAAUAAACUAAUAU